AUGAUGCUAAUGACAACCAGAAGAGCGUCGCGUUACACUCCGCCGCGCUACAACUCACCGAUUCCACAGACAGAGACAAUCUCCAUUUCCCUUGGUUUGGGUAAUAAUGACCACUCCUCCUCGAUCGUGCUGCCACGCGGCCACGCCCUGGUCAAGCACUUGGAGCAGCUAAUUCCGGCCACCGCCGUACCACAGUAUCAGACACAGCAGAUGCAGCCACCCUUCUUCCCACGCCAGUCUGAGACGGAGGACGCCACUGCCGCUGCUGCACGCUUCGAUGCUGUGCGCGCGCUCUCCUCUCUACCUUACCAGCAGUCACCGCAGCUUGAGACGCAAUCCUCCACUUCUGCUCUGUUCAAAUGUAUUAAAGCCAACUCGCUCAAUGAGACGUCUCCAGUCCAGGAAUCAAGAACGUCAAUGAGCCUCCCAAGCUCUCCACUUUACCCCUCGGACGAGUCCAACAACAGCAACGCCCAUGCUUUCCAAUACACACAGGAAUGUUGGAGGCCUACCAGUGAGCCCAACAUCUCACGCACGCGGUGUCGUCGUAGUGCCAGCAACGGCAACAGCAAACGUUGCCAGGUUGUGAACUGCGACAAGAUUUCGGUGAGUCGAGGUCUGUGCCGCGGUCACGGCGGAGGCCGUCGCUGCCAACACAUGGGGUGCUGCAAGGGCGCUCAGAGCCGCAGCGACUUUUGCUGGGCUCAUGGCGGUGGACAACGCUGCCAGGUCAAAGGUUGUAUGCGCAGCCGCAAGUCCAAGCUGUACUGUGUGGCUCAUCUGAAUUGGGAGAACUCAGCGUCGACGUUACCGGCUCCAACUCAUUCCCAGUACGAGACCCCACACUAUCACAUGGAGUUGCCGAUGCCCAGGAUCGCGUCGUCUGCAACGUCCACUGUACAGACAAGUCCUCCACGUCUCCCGAGUCUUUUGCAAGCGCUGCGUACCCAUACACGAAGCAACCUUCAAUAG